AAUAAUAUAUUAUAGAUAGAAGUUAUAUUGACACAGAAUACUGACUGAGAAAGUUUACGAAGAUGGUUAAACUUUAUUUUAGUAAAUAGUUUUAAAGACUUAGAAUGAUAUUUCAUUUAACAGUGGUUAUUUUAUCAAUUCUUGCAAGAUAUCAACUUCUGGUAUUGUCAAUAAAUCUGUGUAAAAAUAGCAAUAACUCGUUGCAUGAGGUUAUACAACUUUUUCAAGAAGUCCAAAUUUCUAGUGGUUCAUUUUCACUGACGUUAAAAAAGUAUAGUGAUCACGAAUCAAAAAUAUUGGAUGUGUAUGCCAAUUACAUUGGUGAGGAGUUGUUCAACACCACCACAAAUUUCCAAAAUAAUUUUUGCAUCCUUCCGAUUUUGGAGGAGUAUUAUAACUUUAAAACUCUCCUUAUACUGGAUCGGGGAAGAAAUCAACAUAUUCAAGAAUAUUUUCAAUACGAAACUUUUCUCUACAGCAAUGGUAUUAAUAGGAAAAGACUUGCUAAAGACGUUUCCACUUGGAAGGCUCACGGGUUCAAGAUGUUUGUCCUUUUAUGCUCGCUGCAGUGUAACUUGGACAUCAUGAGAAUGGCAUUGACCAUAGAGAUCUUGGAUGAAGGUUUUGUAUGGUUAACAAAUAAGAAAGAGUUGGGAUUCUUCGAAGAAGAUCAUACUGCGCACAUCUUUUAUGUUGAUUUAAAGCUUAACAACAGCUCCUUAGCGCUUGACUGUGCUUUUGUUUCUGAUAUCAAUAAACUCAGAAUUAAAGGAGACAAAAUAAUGUUAUAUCAUGCAGAAAAUAUGCGACAACUAUCGGAAUUGUUUUUACUAAAUCAGAUGCUAUGGUCACCCUUAAUUCGCGAAGAAAAACUAUCAACAACAAUAGACCUGUCAAUAGCCAACACGCAAAGCAAAGGAAGAAAAAUGAUAAGAACUGUCACAAUUAUUGAGCCUCCUUUUAUUAUGUUUGCACGUCAUCCUCCUAGCAAGUACACCAAUAACUGCGAAUUGGGAAGAAUCUGCUGGGAAAGUCAAUACCAAAAUGAAUCUAGAUUGCCUGUACCACGCUGUUGCAUUGGUUUGUGUAUAGACUUGCUUGUUUUUAUGGAAUCAGAACUUGAAAUAUCUACACACUUAUAUAUUGUUGAAGAUGGUGCCUACGGAACAGAAGUUAACGGAACAUAUAACGGUCUAGUUGGAGAUCUUAUAACAGGGAAAGCAGAAUUAAUACUGGCACCACUUACGAUGUAUGCGACGCGAGCUAAACGAAUAAUGUUUUCUGAACCAUUUAGAUCAAAUGGUGUAGCAAUUGCAACUGUGGCACAAAAAAUUGAAUAUUCUUUUUUUAGUUUGAAAGUGUUUUCGCCGCUUACAAUCCAAUUGUGGACAGCUACAUUCCUUGUGGCUUUUCUUGCUAGUAUAAUUUUAUCUUGUAUGGAGUAUUGUAUUCAUCAAAAGGAGCAACCAUUCUAUCCAUGGUCAGAAAGUAUAUUAUACCAGAUAGGACUUGUGUUUCAGCGCGAUAUGGGUGCACAAAACCCAACACAAAUAAGUACAAGAAUUAUUGCCAUCUCUGUUGCUAUAUUUAUGAUGAUACUGAUGUCUUCAUACACGGCGAUACUGACAGCAAACAAAGUAAUAAACCCCCAUUUUUUUCCUAUCAAGGGUCUGAAAGAUGAAAAGAUCACGAAUCCUACGCUUGACUUUAAAUUUGGGACUCUGGACAACUCUGGCAUAACACAGAUGUUUCGUGAUAGCGAUAAGAAAGAAUGGAGGGCGAUGUACGAUUAUAUGAAAAAGUUCAAUUUUAUUGAUACUGACCAAGCAAUGAAUGAUCUGAGAUCAGGAAAGUUAGACGCCAUAAUCCAUGAUGCUACUAUAUUGAAAUAUUAUGGCAGUAAAGAUGUCCAAUGCAAUAUUCAUAUGGUGGGAGAAAUUAUACCAGAUGGUGGUUAUGCAUUUGCCACCGCCAAAGAAUCAGAACUUCUAAAUGGAAUAACAAGAAGUAUUCGGAAAUAUAAAUCAAGCGGAGAGCUAGAGAAUUUAGAUAAACGCUGGUUUCGUAAUAAUUGUAAGGCCGGCAAAAAUCAUGAUCACAUUGAACAAGCUGAUAUAUAUUCAUUUGGUGGAUUAUUUGUUGUGAUGGUUGCAGGAACUGUGUUUUCCUUUGCUUUGUUUUUAAUGGAACACAUGUGGGUGAAAGCUAGGAGGGCUAGCUACAAACUACAGUCGUUUAAAAUCUGAAAACUCAGAACUUUCACAACUAAUGUGUAAUGUCAACUGCUACACGUAAUAUAGCAUAGAACACGCACUUGCUAACGUACAUUUACGUUGUUUGCCACUAAAGAUUUUGCUAUUAUAUUUAUUUUGCGUAACGUGGGAAGAUGUGGGAAGUAUAACGCAUAUUGUUAUCGACAUACUUAGUCCUGGAUUAUGUAUGUUUUGGUUACGCAUUGAAGUUUUGAAAGAUGAAUCCCUAGGAAACAUAUUCUAGCAAUCCUUAUUUAUUUACUUGGUUGGCUUGACUUUCACAUAUUUUAAUGUCUUGUACGAAACUGUCCAUUGUUCUGCUAUUCUCUGCAGAAAUUCCGAUAAUAUUCUUUUAUAUAUUUUUAUUUAUUUAAAUUUACCGUAAGGACUGGACUCGAAUAAGUUGCAGUUGCGAAAAUUCAAAAGGAAAAUGUCUAAGUAGAACAUCGAAUGAGAAAGAUACAACAUGGGUCUGUCCAGAAGAUUUGCAGGAGAUGAAGAUUCUGAGAGAACCACGAAAAAAUUUAUAAGCGUCUUCCUCGAAUUAGCGCCCCCCUGACUCCAGAAAACUUUAAUAAGCGCCCGGGCGCCUAACCGAAUCAUUACAGCAUUGUUAUUUCUGAGAAUACUUGUAAAUAAAUUAUACAGAGUUUUGUCUUUUAGCACAAACGUUAUCUUUGUUAUGUAUUUUUUUGUAUGUUUGCAUUUUUGUAUGUCUGCGUAUAACUGGUGGUAAUUAUAAUCUUUGAGUAUAGAGAGGGAAAUACGAGUCUUUUAAAGCACGUAAAUUAAUUUGUGUAUUUUUUUACAAAUUUUAGAAGAAUUAGACGCUCGUUCACUCUCCCAAAUCUUCUUUGCUAAAAAAUGAUUAAAAAAAACUUUCGCUGCAUGCUUUCGCCCAGGGCUUAAUAACUUCGCACGAUAUUUUUUACUGAUAAAUUGCUUGCUGUUGUUAGUACGUAGCGACAGAUCUCCUAAACGUGCGAAAUAAGUUGAAAAUCAAUACAUCUAGCAUGGUAGAUGCAUCAGUAGCCCUCACAACUCCCAUUUCCAUUCUUUAGUUUCAUUGUUAUAUGUGUUUUGCGUUAAAAUUUCCAGCUGUGUGCGAUGCUUCGAGUUGCAUUGAUCGUUUUAAAGGACAAAAUCCUUUUCUAAUUUACGAGAACUCAAGCGCCAUAGCCAGCUGGCUUUUUUUUAAAAUAUUUUUAAUAAAUUUUAAUGAUUCUAGUUUGUAUAUUGUUAUUUUUAUGGUGUUAAUCUAAAUUUGGUGAAAAUAAUGUAUAAUGCACAGAGAAAACUGCUCUUCAUAAAACUGUAUGGCCAGGUAAUGAUCUUUGAAUGGAGUUGCAAAUGAGAUACCACUUAACUUUUGUAU